UCUCUAUCUCUCUGCAACAAAUCAGAAUUCAAAUUUUAUUUUUGGAGUUUUUUAAUUUACCAGAAACCCAACAAAGAAAAGCUAGAAAAAAAAAAAAUGGGUCUUUGUGUAUCUGUUGAUCGAAACGAGUACGAUUCUUCGUCGACGACGACGACGGCUAAAAUCGUCACGAUUAACGGCGAGCUCCGUGAAUACGAUAUACCGGUGUUAGCAUCUCAGGUUCUUGAAUCUGAAUCGACGUCUUCAUCUUCUUCGUCGUCUUCGUCUCGAUCAUCUUCUUUUUAUUUUCUUUGUAACUCCGAUUCUCUCUACUACGACGAUUUCAUCCCUGCGAUCGAAUCCGACGAGGUUCUUCAAGCGGAUCAGAUCUAUUUCGUUCUUCCCAUCUCUAAACGUCAGUACCGUCUCUCGGCGUCUGAUAUGGCGGCUCUCGCCGUGAAAGCCAGCGUCGCGAUUGAGAAAGCUGCGGGGAAAGGGAAGAAGAAGGGGAGGAAAUAUCGCCGUCGUAAUAGCGGGAGGAUCUCUCCGGUCGUGACGCUGAAUCAUCCCAACGCCGUUAACAACAGAGUCGGAGCCGCCGGCGAAACGAUGACGAUGACGAUGGAAAAAGGGAAAUUACAGAGUAGAACGACGCCGUUUAAAGCUGUUAACGGUUAUUCUCGGUCUGGUUCGGUUCAGAAAUUGAAAAGAUAUACGUCUGGGAGAGCUAAAUUGGCGGUUCGAUCGUUUAGACUGAGACUCUCUACUAUAUACGAAGCCUCCGACGAUGUUCAGAUCUCAUCAUCGUAAAUCGAAGAAACACUUAAUUCGUAGAAGAAAGAACACUAAAAGUUUUCAUUCUUUUUUUCUUUUUUGUUGUCGUUGUUGUUAAUUAUAUCGUUAGUGGAAAUGAUCGAUUGUGUAAUGUUAAAAAUGAAAACACUCUGUGUAAAGUUAUAGCUUUUGUGACAAAUUAAUUUCCCAUUUUGUUAUUA